AACAGCGCACAGGCAGCUGGUGACAGCCGUGAACCGCUCCCCCCCCCACAGUAAACUGGAUCAAACGGAGACAUUAUCAGAUAGCUCGGUGGAAACACUGUGGUGGCGUUUACUACCGUUUAAUGGUGACGAGAGGCACGUUUUAAAACUUUGAACCGACUCUGACAUCAGUUGAAGUGACGUUAUUGGCACGCUGAGUGAACACUGUUGAUCAUAAGUAACGCUGACGCUAACGAUAGGUAUGUUAGCAUGGAGAGCUAGGUAACCACAGCGGUGUUUACGGUCCGUUUCUCUAGUCUGUCACCCGAACACAACGCCAGGUUGUCGGGUACUCUGUAAAGAUGGGUGACAUUGACCCAUCGACAUCCAAUGCAUUUCAGCCGGAGGGUUUCAGUCCUCAAUACAGGAGGAGGAGGACAGUCGAGGAUUUUAACAAGUUUUGUACUUUUGUCUUGGCCUAUGCCGGCUACAUCCCAUAUCCCCAGGAGGACUCUCCACUGCGCAGUAGUUCCAGCCCCCCUAAUAGUACAGGCAGCACCGCUGACAGUGAUGGUUGGACACCUGGACCCCCAACCUCCUGCCCCCAACGCCCCUUCAAGGCCCCCCAGGACAGGAGCAGGAAACGUCCACAGCCCGGAGCCCCUCUAUCCAGUCACACCAAGAAAGAUCACACAUUUACCACCCUGCACCCAGAUGACCGCAGGAAAGCUGACAAGCUGAAGAAGAAGAAAAGGAGAAAGGAAAGGGAGCAUUCAGGUGGUGAGGAAGGUGCGGUUCAGCAGGCCCAGUCUAUAGUCCAAGAGUUGCAGUACCCAGUCUCCUUCGGUGGCAAAAUGAUCAAAGAAGAGCCAGAAGAUGAUUUCAGCAUUCCCCUCCCUCCCCAGCGUCUACAUAGUCCCGCCCCCUGCAAAGAGGAGCCCAAUGAUGAGGGCCAAUCAUGGGAAGGUCAGGACCUGGAGGAAGGGGUGGUAAAGGUACAGAAGGUGGAGGGCUUUUCAGGAAGCAGAACAGUGUUCCGUCAGGGGAAGCAGGUGGUGUUCAGAGACGAAGAUGGAUCUGGAGAGGAUGAAGACAUCAUGGUAGACUCGGACGACGACUCGUGGGACCUCGUCACUUGUUUCUGCAUGAAGCCCUUCGCAGGCCGCGCCAUGAUCGAGUGUAACAAGUGCAACACCUGGAUCCACCUGUCGUGUGCCAAGAUCCGCAAGAGCCAUGUGCCAGAGACAUACGUGUGCCAGAGCUGCCGAGAGACGCACGGAAACGCGGAUAGCCGUCGUUCCCACCGCUCGCGAGUCGGCCCACGUAAGCAUCUGCUUGACUGACUCAAGAACCCUGAACUUUGACCCCCCCCUGCUGGACUGACUCCUUCCUCGAAUUCAGGUCUUGCACCCUUCAGUCUCUGUCCUUCAUGGUCAGCCACAUUUUCUACAGACACUUUGGUGGACCUAUCCCAAGCCUUUAUCCUGUUUGUAAACAGUUUGAGUGCUAUUUUAGAUUUCCUAAGACUUGUUUCUGCUUCCCUACAGACUCUGUGCGUAAGGCAAUCACUGAAUGGAUGUCUGUCUGUAGAUGACAUUAGCAUAGCAGAAAACUGCGCCGACUAGACUUUGUGUCUCGUGAACACUGGAAACAUUUGAACUGCCAUAUGUAGAGAGAAAACCCCUCGCAACUGCCACCCUCUAUGGUGCAUUUUGUGAUUUAUGGGAGAGACAGUUUGCACUUUUUUCUAAUUUCUUCAAAGAAAUAUCUAUCUGACCAUCUGUCACAGGGAUAGGUAUAUCUUUCUGAUUAAACUAGCUUUGAUUUCUCGUACAGGCCUCCUGUCAUUGUUAAACAAAUAACGGAUUAAAAAAAAAAGAGAAAACAAGUCAAGCCUUGUGUCACUUGCUUCAGAUGGUGCUAUAGUAAAGCUGAGGUAUUAUCCAAUAGAACAAAGAUGUAGGAAAAAGAGUAAAGUAUGCAUCUGCUUCAUCUAUUUCCUGUUUUGUUUUUUAUUUAAGACUUUGUGGAAGAAUACUUUUGAGGCUAUGAGCCUGUACAGCCCUUUCUUCUACUUCAUAAACUGUCUUCCAGCCUAAGCUACUCCUCUUGAGUGAAAGGUGUUCAGAUGGUGAAGCUUCUACACACUUUACAGUGUUCUUACUUUACCAGACUUCUGUUUCUAAGGAUUCUUUCAGAAGUAACUGUUUGUUCAUAUAAAGAAAAUCAGACAGACAACAUGCAAGUUGUCAGUUAAAGUCUUUUAAGGAGUUGUUCCAAAACCAGUUCAAAAAUCAGUCCGAUACUUUCCAAAUUGCAGUAUUGAGUAUCUGCAAAUAUCUGAAUGGAUAACAUUAUUUAACAGCCUCAAACCCCAGCAUGUAAGGGUUUUUUUGUUCUUCUCUUAAACAGUAAAGCUACACAGCAUUAAUGAAUACUACCUAUAGUUUAAGAGCUGCAAAGACAAACUGUGUUUCAUGCAAACUAUCAUGUGAUGGUGUCAAAAAUCCCAAGCUGCAGAAAGUGCAGCCAUCUUUAGAGCAAGCAAAAAAAAAGUCACCACUCAGUAUUUGUCCAACACUAAUAAAGAUGAUGUUUUUUUUUAUCUCACUUGUACUGGAGGAGUGUUUGGAAUCGGACAAGAUUAAAGGUAUCAGAAUCUGAAUGUUAUCAGAAUAUCUUUCAAGCGUUUUCCGUUGUCUCUGCUGACAGGAAGGAGCAGGGAACCUCAUUUUGUUGUUUUCAACAGUUUCAUGCUCACGUUUUCAGAGAGGGUGCACAUUUAAAGAAGGGAACUCAUGACCGUCCUGUAGAGGUAUCAGCUGAGUGAAAAGCUUUUCUUAACUGGGCAAGUGUCGUCCGAUGAAGAUGCUCCAGUUGGAAUUAUGCAUGCGAGUGUGUUUGUUUGACUGACUGGUUUACACUGUGUGAGGGUGAAGGCUUGUGCUGCUAUGACUUGUCUCAGCUAAAAAAAAAUCCCCUGGUGGUCAUUGGUCACUUGUGGGAUGGAGAAACGGGAUUGUCCGCUAAAAGUACCACGGCAAUGGUUUUGGGAAAUAUUUAGUAAGUCUCUGACGGGUCAUAUCAGAAGAGCAGAUAUCAGACUCGUAUCAUCUCUCACAUUUUUUACAGCAGUAAAUAGUUGCUUUUGUAUGCAGCAGGUUUAUUUGGAAGAUGUUUUUAAGGCACAUUACAAAAGAUUUUAAGCUGUUAUUCAUGUGCCAUCUGCUGUUUUUUUUUCUGAUUUAUAUAUAAAAGCCAUACUGUAGAGUGACAUGAUUUAGACUCUUGGAUAUUAGUCCAGGGAGGGAUUUAACCAUGCAGAAUCAAUAGACUUGGCCAGGGAAAUACUAACACACACACACACACACACACAAUGAAUGUUUGGUUUGUAACAUACACAAGACUUUGAGAGUUUAGAAUGGUUAAGCUCAUCUCUGCACUUGUCUUCUGGUAUUUACAAAUGUUGGUUAACUUGUUGGUACCCAGCAAGCAUCCAGGUUUGAUGUUUUCUAGAUGUUCAAAGACCCCCAAAAUGAUUUCUCAGGACGAUCAUGUCUUGAUGAGAAACCUGGAGACAUCUUUAGGCAAACAUGUCUAAUUUUUACGUGCAUCUUUAAGACAUCUCUGUAAUUAUUGUUAACAAUGCUCAUUGUGAUGCAGUUUAUUCUGAUCCUGGGUUGUCCUAUCCCCUUAUUGAGAAAGCGUUGUCUGUACUGUGGUGCAAACUGUUUCUGUGAAACUAUUGUAAACUAUUGUAAAUAAAGAGUUACCAUUUUAA